AAAUUAGAUAAAUUAAGAAAUUGUGGAUAUUAAUUUUUACACUAUUUUCGAAUAAUAACAAUUUUCAAAAAUUGUUGUCGCGUAAUUGAAAAAAAGUGAAAUAGAAUAUUCGUAACGGGAAAUUUAAUCUAGGUUUGGAGCGAAAUUAGACAAAAUGAAAGUAGCCUUUUGUACAGAUAUGGACAAAUCUGUUAUAGUUUAUAACUUUGAAAAACGUGGGUGGACUCAAGUUGGACCUGAGGAUGAUUGGAAUUUUUAUUGGGCUGCUACUCUUUCUUGCAGAAAUAUUUUCAGUGUGGAAAUAGGUUACAGGAUGCAAGAUAACCAAGCUAUCAAUCAUUUUCCAAAUCAUUAUGAAUUGACUCGUAAAGAUCUUCUGGUGAAAAAUAUUAAAAGAUAUCGCAAAGAUUUGGAACGUGAAGGAAGUCCUCUUGCAGAAAGAGGUGAAGGUCCAGGAAAAUACGUUUACUUAAACUUUAUUCCAGUGACGUUUGUUCUACCUGCAGAUUACAAUAUGUUUGUCGAAGAAUAUCGCAAAUGUCCACAAAGUACAUGGAUAAUGAAGCCAUGUGGAAAAUCUCAAGGAACUGGUAUUUUUUUGAUAAACAAAUUGAGCAAAUUAAGAAAAUGGUCGAGAGAAGCAAAAACAUUUUUAAAUCCUAAUCUAAUUAAAGAGCUCUACGUCAUCUCAAGGUACAUAGAAAAUCCAUUGCUUAUAGGAGGCAAAAAGUUUGACUUACGAUUGUACGUUCUGAUUACAUCUUUCCGUCCACUGAAAGUAUAUCUUUUUAAACUUGGAUUUUGUCGCUUUUGUACAGUAAAGUACGAUACAAGUAUGCAAGAAUUGGACAAUAUGUAUGUACACCUAACAAAUGUGUCUGUACAAAAACAUGGGGACGAAUAUAAUAGUUUGCAUGGAGGAAAAUUAAGUGUACAAAAUUUGCGACUAUAUUUAGAAAGUACUCGAGGCAAACAUGUAACCGAGAAACUAUUUGCAAAUAUUUCCUGGUGCAUUAUUCACUCAUUAAAGGCUGUAACACCAGUGAUUGCUAAUGAUAGGCAUUGCUUUGAAUGCUAUGGUUAUGAUAUCAUAAUAGACAAUAAACUGAAGCCAUGGUUAAUUGAGGUCAAUGCCUCGCCGUCAUUGACUUCCACAACAGUAAACGAUCGUAUCUUAAAAUAUAAAUUAAUCGACAACAUUAUAUCAAUCGUCUUACCACCAGGUGGAAUUCCUGAUGUAAAGUGGAAUAAAUGUCCUACUAGUGAAGCAAUGGGAAAUUUUGAGUUACUCUUAGACGAAGAACUAGCAGCACAUGGCGAAAGAGAUCACUAUACUGGAAAACUGAAGAGUUCAAUUUCUAAAUGGAAAUAGACUUCACUAAGUGCAUUAUUUCACAAAAAUAAUAUAAAGUUAUUGAGAUAACAAAUUUUAAUAACGUGUGAUGAAAAGUUCGGAUACUUUACAUAUUAAGAUAAUUAAUUUUAAUUAAUUAAUUAA